AUGUUGGGAGGACCUUCGACAUCAGAAGAGCUACGGUUUACACGACGGUUAUGUCUGUGUAAGCUUCUUUCCUUGUUGCUGGAAGAAGAAAUGCCCCUUCACUUGCACUUUGACUCAAAAGUUCUAUUAUUUGGAACAGCUGCAGCUUUUUUCUGGAGAUUACACGACGAACGAUGGGUAACCCACUGUCCUUUACUAGUCACAGCGUCUUCUGUUCUCGUUGCAAGCAAGGCUAUCGGGCACGAAACUAUCUGCUGCACAAAAUUAUACGAAAUGUACGUCGCACUCACUGAAAUGGUUUCAAAAGACCCAACUCCGCUACCCUUCUACCUUUCACCAUGUCGCUUAAGUCUAGUUGAAUUCUCCGACGAGAUGGGUGAACUUGAACUGAUACUUCUUGAAACAGUCAACUUUUGCACUCUAACCACAGAACUUUUGCCGAAGAUCUACAGUUUAAGUAGCUAUAAGUUUGGAGAAGAUAGCAUAGAUUUCUACAUAAUUAGGUGUGCGCUACUUAUCAGUUGCAUGAGCUCCGACCCAUUCAAUGUAGAUUUGGUUGGUUUCAUAAAAAAGGUCAUAGGCACUGCGAGAAACUUUGAGUUGUUAAAAAGCUGUCACGAUCCCCAACGGACAGUUGUUCUGAAUCCGACAGAUUGUGAUUGGAGGGAGCACGAUGCAAUAUUACACACGACACGAUUCUGA